AAGAGAUGGUAGAGAAUGGCUGCACCUGACCUUCUUGACCCCAAGUCUGCCGCCCACAACUCCAAGCCUCGCCUGUCCUUCUCGGCCAAUCCUGUGGUGCUGAACCCUCCGGAGGAUGAGUGCGACACCCGGAUUACAGUCAUGAGGUGGAAAACAGUGUCCGCGAUCUUCUUCCUGGUGGUGCUCUACCUAAUAAUCGGGGCAACGGUGUUCAGGGCUCUGGAGCAGCCGCACGAGAGCUCCCAGAAACUGGCCAUUCUUGCAGAAAAACUGGACUUCCUGGCCACGCACGCCUGCGUCAACUCCUCCCAGCUGGAGGAUCUGGUGAAGCAAGUCGUUUCUGCAGUUCGGGCGGGUGUGAAUCCAUCAGGAAAUUCAUCCAAUCAGACGAGCCUCUGGGACCUCAGUUCCUCUUUCUUCUUUGCUGGAACUGUUAUCACCACCAUCGGGUUUGGGAACAUCUCUCCUCACACAGAGGGAGGUCGGAUCUUCUGUAUAAUCUACGCUCUGCUGGGGAUUCCCCUGUUUGGAUUCUUAUUGGCUGGUGUCGGAGACCAGUUGGGAACCAUUUUUGGGAAGGGCAUCGCCAAAGUGGAGAAGAUGAUAGUGAAAUGGAAAGUCAGCCAGACGAAAAUCCGCGUCAUCUCCACGUUGGUCUUCAUCCUGUUCGGGUGCCUCAUCUUUGUGGCGCUGCCGGCCGUCAUCUUCAAGCACAUCGAGGGCUGGAGCACCCUCGAGUCCAUCUACUUCGUUGUCAUCACCCUCACCACUAUCGGCUUCGGGGACUUCGUGGCUGGUGCCUCAGAGAACAAUCCAGACUACCUGGACUAUUACAAGCCUGUGGUGUGGUUUUGGAUCCUGGUGGGCCUCGCAUACUUUGCCGCCGUGCUCAGUAUGAUUGGGGACUGGUUCCGGGUCAUUUCCAAGAAAACUAAGGAGGAGGUCGGGGAGUUUCGGGCUCACGCAGCUGAGUGGACGGCGAAUGUGUCAGCAGAGUUCAAAGAGACCCGGCGGCGGCUCAGCGUUGACAUAUAUGACAAGUUCCAGCGCGCGGCGUCCAUCAAGCGCAAGCUGUCCUCCGAGCUGGGCAUCAACACAGCCCUCAACCAGGAAAUGACCCCUGGCAAGAGGACGCUGUCGGCCAACCUGUACGAGGACAAGGAGGGUUACCCCAACUUGACUCUCUCACUCAGCCCUGUCCCCGGGGCCCUCACCAGGAACGGCACCCUCUACCUAAACGGCCUCAGCCCAGACUACGCCGACCGGCGGGAGAUCGCCAUCAUCGAAAAUCUGAAAUGAGGAGCAGAGUGAAAAUGAGAUUCAGAGAAUUGAGUGAAAUGCACAAUACACACUUUUUUGUGCUUAUUGACUGCGGUGGUAAGGCUGAUGAACACACAUGGUUUAGAGUGAUCAUCAGCUCCAACAACUGUUUGAUAACCUUGAGUGACUCAAACAGACCAAUCCUCGUCCUCUGUACUUUCAUGUGUGUUUUUAAUACUCAGACAAAAUCCUAUUGGGUGCGAUAGAGGUUCACAGGUUCCGUUCAUUCAAUGGAGUCCAACAUCCACGACAACAUGAUCGACAAAUCCGACGCGUGUCCUUGACUGGAGUUUCACCGUCUUCUCUCUGAGCAGGAAGGUAUUUAAAGCCCAUAUUGAGGUAGCAACACACUGAACUUCAUUUUCUUAUGUCGCCUGUAAACACGGACACAAACACAUUCACCCAACUCAGAAAAGCAAUAGACACACGUGUGCUCAUCUCCUGUUCUAUUUCCAGUGGCCCUGAAAUCUGCAUCAGAUAAAGAGGACCCUCCGAUCGUG